AGUGGGUGGGGCCAGACGGGAUGGACGUAGGGAGAAUGAGGGGUCCCGGCCUAUCCCCCUGCACUGUCAUAUCGUGCCAGACCCAACCGUGUAUUCUGAUUAAACAUUAAUUGCGGGCUCCGACAGCCACUUGUACUUUCAUGAGCGGGCAUAUCAUGUUUCUAGUGUGGAAUUCCAAUUGCAUUGUUUUAGUGGAGGGACAGGGAAGAGUUGACAGCGAGACGCGGCGUGGGGCAGCACUGCCUACCACAGCAAACAGACCGAACAGUAGGCCAUCACUACCCUUUCCUUACUAUGUCCAUUUACUGCAUUUAUUGUGGACGCUAUUCUGGACGACAGUGAAGUACAGGUUCCCAAAAGCCUGAAUUAUGGCAGGUGUGAUAGCGAUGCCGGUUCCCCAGUAUCCAUCUCUAUGCGUUCCUGUGCCAAUCUACCCAUGGACUACCACUCCAUCAACACCCUCGUUACAUACGGACCUCCAUGGUCAGCGUUUCUACACGGCACCGUCUCAGUAUGUCAGCAGCUACACCGUCAGCACCUGGUCUCAAUGGCGGGCACCACCAUCUUCAGCAGGCACCCUGGCCAUGGACCUGUCAGCAUCUUCCAAACCCUACAAUGCAGCCCAGCAAGGUUUUGACGAAGAAAACAGGAAAGCAAGAUUCGACUUUGCUCACCUGGCUAAAUCAGUGUCUGAAGAAAAUGACUGCAGGACUCACUCAGUGCACAAGAACAGGGAUGCCCAGAUAAUAAGUCACGUGAUGGCAAACUGUUGCAGCGUCAGGUAUAUUUUCAGUCACAAGGAAGAGCCGUGUAGCAAGUACUGUGUUUUCUCGAGCCCAUCAUUUGUUAAGAAGACACGGAGACAUGGACCUAGAGUGAAAAAGGAAUUCAUAUGCAAAUACUGUGGCCGACACUUCAGCAAGUCGUACAACCUCCUGAUACACGAACGUACUCACACUGACGAGCGGCCAUACUCAUGUGAUGUCUGCGGCAAGGCAUUUAGGAGGCAGGAUCAUCUCCGAGAUCACAAGUAUAUCCACUCCAAAGAGAAACCUUUCAAGUGUAUGGAGUGCGGAAAGGGCUUCUGUCAGUCCCGUACACUUGCUGUUCAUAAGGCUCUUCAUAUUCAGAGUUUACCCGGUCACUCGUGUCCAAGCUGUGAGAAGUCCUUCAGUCAGCGGAGCAACCUGAAGACACACUUGCUUACUCACUCCAAUGACAAGCAGUACUCCUGCAGAGUGUGUGCCAAGAUCUUCCGCAGAAACAGUGACCUGCGGAGACACAUAGCCAUGCAUAAAGAGGAAACACAAAGAUGAAGUUGAUGAUACAACUGAUACUUGAAUCACUGAAUAGUUGGAUCAGUGUUGAACAUUACAUAUAAUACCACUAAACCACAAUUGUGUUUGUUCGUCCACACUUGAUCAUUUGUAUUAACAUAUAAAGACGCAGCCGUGGUUAACCGUCACAAUUUUAUAGACAUUGUAUCAACGAUGAUCAUCUGAAUGAACAAGACAAUGCACACAGACAUGCAGGGUCGGCUCAGCACAUGCUUAUAUAUAGAUCAUACCAACAACGUCUUGAUGGGUUCAGUUAUGUUCUGAUUUGAUAUCAGUGUCUUCAGAUACAUCCUAUCAAACAGUGUAACACAUAUAUCAUUUUGCAUUUUGAAUAAGAUAUUGUUUUGAUUUGUAAUAAGAUAAGCGUAAUUAUAGAUUAUACUGCAAGAUAAAUAGGUUUAUGGAAAGCGACAGGAACAUGGUAAAUCAUAACUCGCAAAAAGCAAUAAAACGCAUACACGUGUCCACUUUGCAAACAUCAUUCUUCUUCUUCUUGACUGAGAUAAUUAUAAAACAUGUGCGUGAAAUAUGUUGCCAUGUAGUAAAAAGGAAACAUAAUCUACACUGAAUUCAUCCUGUUUUCGGUAACACUGGAAAAUUAAUGAUCAUCUCGCAUUACACAUCAUAUAACGUCGACGUCAGACUAUACGACUACUGCAGGGUAAAUGAUUAGAGCCUCAUUAUUUACAUUCGGUAUUUGAAGGUAAGGAUGGGAUGUCCGGGAUGUGUAUUUGAAAAAGUACAUUUUCACUGUGUUUUUUUGUCAGUUGUCCUGUGAAUGGAACCUUUUCCAACAUGUUCAUCGAAACAUAUUUUUUAUUCUUUAUAUCUUGUAAUAUUGCCAGAGUGUAAGAUUUCGUCUUGAUAAGGCGCCCUCUUACCUUUCACAUCUUUUGUUUGACAUGGAAGUGUACAGAAGUUUUUUUACGUUUCUUAACUCCUUAGGAGGGCAAAUGUACAUUGUAUGACAUUUAUAUGUAUUCAAUAUACACAUGUAUACUGUAAUAAAUGAUUUUUUUCUGACAA